GUUGAACUAUUCAUGCAAAGCAGGUUUCGUAAGUUUCAAAUUCCAUCUGAUUGCAGAACAGGAUGCAAAACUGAAAGAUUAGUAAGCUUGAGACGACCAACAAUGUUCGUGAAAAAUGAAAGAAAAAGAAGUACGCUUAUCCGCUGCCUGUCUGCGUACCAUUUAUGAUUCCCUGCUGCCUGCCUUUGGACUGUAUAUUGUUUCCCGACCUCUGUGGAAAUACAACCUGUGCAGGGUCUGAGUCUUGAAGAGUCUUGAACUACAGUUGCCUUGUGUUUAUGGCACAUAUCAGACCAUGCAACUAACACAGCAUUGGAAGCGUCUGAAGAUUGUGCUCAAAACAAUGACAUGAGACAUGUUUGCUCAAUGUACACAUUAACUGAACAGACUUGGAUCUACACUUUGACCAUGUUCACUUUAAGGAGUACUAUUCUUACAAUUAUAAUUUCUCUUAACUAUGAACUUUGUUUUUGUCGAUGUGCUCAUGCUGAAUAUGAGAUAGAUGAGCAGUGCUGCCCCAUGUGUGCCCCUGGAAACCAUGUUCUUCGCCACUGCACAGAUCACAUCAGCACAACUUGUGCUCCAUGCCCUCCAUUAACUUUUUCUGAUGAACCAAACGGCCUCAUGAAAUGUUUUCCCUGUAUUCUAUGUGAUGCAAACCAAGGUUUAAGAGUGAAUAAAGAAUGCAGUCGUUCAUCAGAUACUGUUUGUGGGCCGCUGGAGAGAUUCUACUGUAUUGAAAAAAAUAAAGGCAGCUGUACAUUCGCUGUGAAACACUCUGAAUGCAGCCCUGGACAAUAUAUCAAACAAGCAGGGACUGGCUCCACAGAUACUGUGUGUGCUGAAUGUACAGGGGACACGUAUUCAAACGGAUCUUUUUCAUCCUGUUUACCACACACAAAAUGUGAUGCAUUGGGACUUCCUGAAACAAAUCCAGGAACACCAUCAUCUGACAGUGAAUGUGGAAAUCCCCCUGCUUAUUUAGCAACCAUUGCUAUUAGUGUUAUAGUUCCUUUAAUAAUAAUAAUAAUUAUAGUAGGCCUAUGUGUUUUCAAAAUUAGAUUAUUUCAAGAUUAGGCUAUUCAGAAGAAGAAAUGGUAACACAUUAUUUACUAUAGUAAAAACUAUAAAUUAGGCAUAAUUACAUGCAACUAACCCUAAACCAAACCAAACUCUAAUCCUAACCAUAGUAAGUACAUGUAGUUAAUUACUAGCAUAUUACUCAGUACUUAAA